AUGCUGAAACCCGCGGAACACCAGGUGGCCGGACACCGUUUCGAGGAGGGCCGUCAGGGUUCGUUAGUAGACGACUCGGGGUGCUUCUACAAGCCAAUGCAAGCCGGCGAACGCGGUGAAAAGGAGCUGAAAUUCUACACGCGGAUCGCUGCGGACACGUCUAUACCUCCGGAGAUUAAAGCCAUGUUUCCCGUGUGCCACGGGAGCAAGGAGUUCCUAGUAAUGGAGGACCUUACAAGAAAUUACACCAAACCAUGCAUCAUGGAUAUCAAGAUGGGGCGCAAGACAUGGUAUGAAGGGGCUCCUCAGAAAUACAUCGACAAAUGCUUGGUCAAAGACUCCACUACCACAUCUGGCACGCUGGGCUACAGGGUAGCGGGCAUGCAGGUGCAGGACAGCAGAACUGGCGCCAUGUGGAGGGCUGGCCGCAAGUGGUGCCAGAACCUGACCAAUCAGCAAAUGCCAGCUGUCUUCCGCCUCUUCUUCUCCCCGACUCCCACUGCUGACGCCCCUGGCAUCGAUGCCAUUGCUCCUGCGGGUUUCGGCGAUGCUGCUGGUGCUGCUGAUGCCGCUGCUGUUGUUUUGAAUGCUGAGGCGAAGCAGAGGAUGAGAGGCAUUCUGUGUGGAGAGGGAGGGCUGCUGGCACAGCUGCAGACUCUGAGAAACUGUGCUGAGGCGAAGCAGAGGAUGAGAGGCAUUCUGUGUGGAGAGGGAGGGCUGCUGGCACAGCUGCAGACUCUGAGAAACUGUGCUGAGGCGAAGCAGAGGAUGAGAGGCAUUCUGUGUGGAGAGGGAGGGCUGCUGGCACAGCUGCAGACUCUGAGAAACUGCAACCUCCACUUGAAGAACUUUUCGCCUCGUCUCCCCUUCUAUCCAUCCUCCCCUCUCGCAAGGAUGGCAACAGCAGCUCUCAUGCUCCCUCUCCCCCUCUCACACCUUCACUCAUUCCCAUCAUUGCUCCUUCACAGGUUCGCCCAGCAGACCUCCUUCCACUUCUUCUCCGCCUCUAUCCUCCUCAUUUACGAGGCAAACACUCCUAAACACGCGGAGGAAAAGACAAUGGAGUUUUUAGGCGCCUCAAAACUCACUCAUGGCUAUUGCUGUUUCCCCACUCCUCACAGGUUCGCCCAGCAGACCUCCUUCCACUUCUUCUCCGCCUCUAUCCUCCUCAUCACGAGCCCACCACUGUUGCUUUGA